AUGGCCAGGCUCCUUCGGGUCCUCUGCGGCCUGCGGCAAGCCGCAACGCAACAUCAGCGGCCCUGCCAUUUCGAUUCGCGCUGUGCCGGCUAUUUCUUCCUCGCGCUUCGGCCGCCGGGGUGCCAAACCCAACCCGGGUGUUCAAGCUUAACUGGGCAUCUGGCGGUGGCCUCGUCGAUAGACGAGGGGGCGUUAGAGGUCAAGGCACCACAGCCGGGCGUCGUCGGCUCCUCUGCAUUUCAUCGCGAUAAUGGUCCGGUCUGGGGCCCUAGAUUUGAUGCUCGCAUCGACAAGCACUUCUUUGGAGACUGGCCCAAGAAGUACGGCAUGGACAAGGGGUUGCACACCUGGAUCGACUUCUGCCAAAGUGGCUGGCGGAGGACAUCUGUUGGCUUAAGUACAAGGCCAUGCCCGACGCACCUCCUUUCAAUGGCGAAGAUCGAGACUUGCCGCUGCUCGAGAAAACACUCGCCGCAAUGUCGCGGGCCCACCCCCGAACCAUCCCGGAAGACAUUGUGUCACGGUUAUGGCCGCAUGCAGCCGGCCGGCGGGGUACGCUGGCAAUACUCCGAACCAAUCAUUAAGAGUAAGCACGUGGCCAAUGGAUGGGCAAGCACCGAGGUGCUCAGGGUGCUCAGGGCCAAGACCCAUGAGCAACCUGAGCAAAGGAAGUUAGUCAGUAUAUAG